AUCCCUCAGCGGACGCUCACAGCUCCUGCUCCGACAAAUCCCCGCUCUGCAAACACUGUCUCUGGGUACUUUUAGAGAGGAUUUCUACAAGAAUCAACUCUGACGUAAAGCUGCAGGAGGAUGACAGUAUGCCGUUUGCAGAUUCUGGGAUCAUCAUGACUUUGUGAAUGCAGAAAUGUGUAAUUAUGAAGUUGGGGUUGCCGGUCCCAGGGGCCCUUCCCCCCUUCCCGAUGCCUGUCACAGAGCAGCCGUGCUGGGCUUCAUCUAAAGGGAUGCACCAUGGUGUGAACACGCGUCUGUUCUACUCCAGCCUCAAUGAAUCGCACGAAUGAACGGACAUUUCUGUGGCAAAGGGAAUUAGCGCGGUCGCAUAGGGACUUUGGAUUUGGGAAUACAGGAACCGGUCGGAGAGCGUUGGAUUGUUAUUUGAAGAAGUGCUGUGGAUACUUCAAGGAGUGUUUCAGGAAGAUGUCUGAGUCGGGAGCCGAGGCGUCUGCAUCUCAGCCCCAAAAGCGGAAGCCAGUGAUUCAUGGUCUGGAGGAUCAGAAAAAGAUCUACACGGACUGGGCGAAUCACUACUUGGCCAAAUCGGGACACAAGCGUCUGAUUAAAGACCUGCAGCAGGAUGUGAGCGAUGGCGUGCUGCUGGCGGAGAUCAUCCAGGUUAUCGCAAAUGAGAAGAUUGAGGAUAUUAAUGGAUGCCCUAAGAGUCGUUCUCAGAUGAUUGAGAACAUUGAUGCCUGUUUGAGCUUUCUAGCAGCCAAAGGUGUGAACAUACAGGGACUAUCAGCUGAAGAGAUCCGGAAUGGGAAUCUGAAAGCCAUCUUGGGGCUUUUCUUUAGCCUGUCUCGAUACAAGCAGCAGCAACAAACGAGCCGACAGACACACACACAGCACACACACUCACACACUCAUCUAAUCCAGCAGAGCAGCGCUCCGGCCCAGCUGAUCUCCACCCCGCAUGGGCCACACUCACACAAAACACAGACAGACAUGCAGUCCAGGGAUGGCUCUCAGAGUAAACUCAAGUUUUCCAUUGGUCAGAAAAAGUCUUCUAGAUUGCCUGGGCCGACCUCGAGGAUGUCCACUGCGGGCAGUGAGAGCUCUCCUCGAGGGUCCAUCAGUUCAGCAGGGAAUCGCCGCAGUCUGGUGUUCAGCGAUAAAGCCAAACCUGCAGCAGCUCAGGCCAAAGAAUCAUCAGAGAGUGUGACUGAUCCCGCUCUGUCAUCCGCUUGCACCUCUUUAAGCACCAGCACUGUGGCAUCUUCUUCAUCAUCAUCAGCCAUCCCUCAGCCCAACUCGAGUAGCAAACCCUGGAGAAUUAAAUCCCAGAACAGCAAGCACACCUCCGCUACCUCCACCGGGCUUUCCACUAAGUCGGAUCUCCAAGCCAAGCAGCCCGUACCUGCAGAAGCACCACCCAAAGCUGUGCCUCAGAAAUCCAUGCUGGAGAAACUCAAGCUUUUUAAUAGCAAAGGAGGAUCCAAAUCAUCCACGCAGACAGAGGGCGCUGUUACGCCCACUGGAGGGAAGGAUGCCGCUUUGGUUUUGGAGAGAGUUGAGACCGGUUCCAAUACUGAACCUAUUGAGGAAAUGGAUGGGAACGUGAGACCCACGAAUGGGGCUGUUAGCGUGACAACAAGCAGCCCAAAAAUUGCGCUAAAAGGCAUCGCACAGCGGACAUUUAGUCGUGCUCUUACAGCGAAAAAAGCAUCAGCGAAAUCUUCAGAGAAAGAAAAGGGCAAAGACAAAAAUGCAUCCAAGCGAGGCUCUCCUUCAGAAAAGGUAGAGGAGGUCAAGGAAGAAGUGGUUUCUUCAAGCGUUGUUACUGCUCCCUCUGAACCAGAGCCCAGAAAAGCCUCCAAAAUCGCCAGUUUUAUACCUAAAGGUGGCAAAGUGGGCGGAGCCAAGAAAGAUGGCCCCGCCCCUGUCCAGAGCGGAAUUCCAAAACCAGGGAGUAAAAGUGCUGGAAAUGGAGCAGUGAAAGGCUCUGCGCUGCCCCUCGGUGGUAAAGACAAUGAGAGGCCGCGGAGCGUGCGUUUAGGGGCAGGUUUGGGGCUUCAUCGGGACAGUCGCCAUUCCUCUUCCUCUUCCAGCCUGGCUUCCACUGAGGGUAAAGGACACCCGAUGCACAGCGCCGCCCCGGUGGCCAACGGGACUCAAUCCACCGCCAGCAACACAGUCAGUGUGCAGCUUCCUCAACCACAGCAGCAGUACAACCAUCCCAACACAGCCACCGUAGCACCUUUCAUGUACCGGACUCAGAAUGAGGCAGAUGGAAAUAUGGGCACAAACCUGAGCUCUGGAUGUCGCAGCAGUGACUCUGGCAGCUUCAGUAAAACCAACCAGUCUUCCACCGAGGAUCUGUCAGGUGAAGAUCCAGAGACCAGGCGCCUGAGGACUGUCAAAAACAUCGCUGACCUGCGGCAGAAUCUAGAAGAAACCAUGUCCAGUUUACGGGGGACACAAAUCACUCACAGUACACUGGAAACCACUUUUGAUGGUGGCGUGACUACCGAAAUGAGCAGUCGCAACAUCCUCAGCAUGGCGUCUCGACCUUCGCCUCUGUCCUGGGCCAGUCGUAUGGGUCAGUCCAGCCCCCGUCUGCAAGCAGGAGAUGCUCCCUCUGUUGGUAAUGGGUAUCAGUCCCGCAGCGGGGGGGUUGCACCCGGCCAGGGCCGCUAUCUGUAUCAGGCUCCCCUACGGAAGCAGCUGGCAGCACGCGGCAGUGGUCUCUGUGGUCUGGAGCUGGGGGAUCGAGUGGAGGAUCUGGAGCUGGCAGGAGUGGGUCUGGAAAUGAGUGGAUAUAUGAGUGAUGGAGAUGUGCUCUCUAAAAACGCCCGCACUGAUGAGCUGAGCAGCGGAUAUAUGACUGAUGGGGGAUUGAGUCUGUAUACGCGUCGACUGAACAGAUUGCCGGAUGGAAUGGCCAUGGUACGAGAAAAUCUUCAGCGCAAUGCCUCCACCAGCCAGGGAGAUGCAGACAGUUGGGAUGACAGUAGCUCAGUCAGCAGUGGGAUCAGUGAUGCGAUUGAUACUGAUGACAUCAACACCAGCUCCUCCAUAAGCUCUUACGCCAACACCCCAGCUGCGUCCCGCAAGGGCCUGAAUGGACAGCCUCAGACUGAUGCAGAGAAGCAUUCAGCAGCUGAACGUAACACUUCUCGAUCCAUCGAUGAGGUCAAGAAGUCUGACGGUGGUUUGGAUUGCAGCAUCAAAUCAGACUCGGGCCUGAAGUGGCGUCGAAACCCUUCGGAUGUAUCGGAGGAGUCUGAUAAGAGCAGUUCUGGACGAAAAACUGCACCAGUCACUCAGACAGGGUCCUGGAGGAGAGGCAUGAGCGCACAGGUUGGAGUGACUGUGCCCCGUACCAAGAGUACAUCUGUUUCCUCAGGAUCCAGCAUCAUCAAGACACAAGGGACAGGCAAAACAGAUGACGCCAAGGUUUCGGAAAAAGGUUGCAUGUCUCCCUCUUCCAACAUCCUUCAGCAUUCCUCCUCGGACACCGGCCGAAGCAGUGGAGACGAAGCCAAGAAAACCACCGCAGGCCGAGUCCCUACAAGCACAUUUGGUUUCAAGAAACCCAAUGGUGUCCACAACCCGUCCAAUGUCAUAACCACCGCCAGCAUUACUUUAGUGACAGCUAGUGGUGCCACUAUUACCAGUGGCUCCGCUACACUGGGCAAAAUUCCUAAAUCCUCCGCUCUUUUAGUUGGUAGCAGAGGGUCAUUAAAAGGAGCUGUGGAUGGUUUAUUACCCCCUCAGGAGGAUGGCUACCUGUCGCCCAGUGCUCGCUCAACGCUGCAGUACCGAAGUUUACCUCGACCCUCUCGAUCCGGAGCCGCGGCCCGCAAUGGAAACAGAUCCUCCACAAGCAGCAUCGAGUCCAGCCUACUCACCCGAGCACCACUCCUUACUGCUAUUACAGCCAAUAAACCCAGAGAUCCUGGCCCUAAAACCAACGGGCAUGCAAUCCAAGCCAAUCAGACGGACAAGGAGAAGGGCGUGGCCUCAGAUAUUGACAGCACAAGAACCAAUCCGAUUGUUUCGGGAGGAGGGGCAGCGACUAUUCCUCAGACGGCUAGACAGGGAAACAAGUACAGCGAGGUCUCGUCCCCAACAUUACGAAGACUUUUUGGAGGCAAAGCUGCCAAGCAAGCCCCAGUCACCACUGCAGAGAGCAUGAAAAACUCAAUGGUUAUAUCCAACCCUCACGCCACCCUCGGUCACACCCAGUCUUCCGGCGGGCCCCUGGACUCCCCCUCUACUGUCCCAGGAAGCGGUGGCAGCAGUCCCCUGUAUGGGGGUCGAGGUGCCAGCAUAGGGGGCAGUGAACAGGCAUCGAGUCCGGGUUCAGUGUACUCUACGGGCACCGGGACCUGGGGAACCACCAUCAGCAGCUCCUCAGCCCUCGGGUACCCAUCCGUCAGCAGCAUGCACACCAGCAGCGAGUCCAUCGACAUGUCUGUGGGUAGCGGGCAUCCCCGUGAUGAUGUCCACCCGGCACUGAUGCGGACAGGGAGCGCCAAGACAGGCAUGUCAGAGAGUCCCCUCUCCUCUCCCUCUAACAGUCCUAAAUUCAACCGUAACACUUUGCCACGGAAGCAAGACAGGUACGCCCCCUCACAGCAACUGCGUCAGGAGGAGGCUCGUGAUUGGCUGCGCUCACAUUCGGCUGGUGGAUUGCAGGACUCAGCCAGCAACUCUCCCUUCUCCACUGGCUCCAGCCUCACGUCACCAUCCGGCACACGCUUUAACUUUGCUCAGCUUGGAAGCCCCACAACAGGUGCUCAGAUUAACCUGGCCAGCCUGCGCAACAACAGCUUGACCAGUCAGGACAACCCGCUAGACAGCCAUGCUGAUUCCCGUCUGCGCAACUCCUGCAUGUCUCUGGAUGAGAAGACCCGCACUAUGAGCCGCUCAGGGUCUUUCAGGGAUGGCUUUGAGGAAGUUCAUGGGUCAUCCCUGUCACUGGUGUCCAGCACCUCAUCCGUCUAUUCAACGACGGAGGAGAAAUCACAAUCCGAGAUCCGCAAGCUGCGUCGAGAGCUGGAUGCGUCCCAGGAAAAGGUUUCCGCUUUGACGACGCAACUCAGUGCUAAUGCCCACCUGGUGGCAGCGUUUGAGCAGAGUUUGGGCAACAUGACCAUCCGACUCAAGAGCCUGACUAUGACCGCGGAACAAAAAGACUCUGAACUGAAUGAGUUGAGAAAAACCAUUGAGCUGCUAAAGAAGCAGAACGCAGUGGCUCAAGCAGCGAUUAAUGGUGUCAUCAACACUCCAGAACUCACCUGCAAGAGUGAACGAACAGGUAAUAACGGUUCAGGGCUGGGAGCGCCGCCGGACCUGCGCAUGCGCAGACAGCACUCGUCUGACAGCGUCUCCAGCAUCACCAGUGCCACCAGUCACUCCAGCCUGGGCUCCAACAUGGACAACCCCGACUCCAGCAGCAAGAAGAAGAAGAAGAACUGGGUGUAUGAGCUUCGCAGCUCCUUCAAACAGGCCUUCAGUAAGAAGAAAUCCCCUAAAUCAGCGUCGUCUCAUUCAGACAUUGAGGAGAUGACCGAUUCCUCUCUGCCGUCUUCACCAAAACUCCCUCACAACGGCAGCGGCUCCACGGCUCUGCUGCGCCGCAACACUCACUCCAGUUCAAUACUGUCAGACUGUCUGGACGGUGAAGCGGAGACAGUGAUGCAGCUGAGGAACGAGCUGAGAGAGAAGGAGAUGAAGCUGACAGACAUUCGGCUGGAGGCUCUGAGCUCUGCACAUCAGCUCGACCAGCUCAGAGAGGCCAUGAACCGCAUGCAGGGGGAGAUCGAGAAGUUAAAGUCAGAAAAUGAUCGUCUGAAGGUUGAGAGUCACGCGAGUGGGAGCCGAGCAUCAUCUCAGGUGUCAGUCUAUAACCCCACACCGACCCCCACGCCAGGCCUAUCCCAACACAGCCUCAACCUCACAGAGUCCACCAGCUUCGACAUGUUGCUGGAUGACUCUGGUGGAGACGGAAGCUCUCGCAAAGAAAGCAGACAUGUGAAAAUAGUCGUCAGUCUUCAAGAGGACGUCAUGUGGAAAGAGGACUGCAGGACUCGACACUUUCUCAUUGGCUGCAUUGGUGUGAGUGGAAAAACCAAGUGGGAUGUUCUCGAUGGAGUUGUACGGCGCUUGUUUAAGGAGUACAUCAGGCACGUGGAUCCGGUCAGUCAUCUGGGUCUGGGCUCAGACAGUGUUGAAGGUUAUCGUAUUGGAGAUGUGGUUCGGUGCAGCGGAGCCAACACUCCUGAACUGCUGCCCUGUGGAUACCUAGUAGGAGAGAACGACACCAUCAACAUCUCCCUCAAAGGGGUGAACUCUCAGUCGCAGGAUUCUCUGGUGUUCGAGACGCUGAUUCCUAAACCAAUGCUGCAGCGAUACGUGUCUUUGCUCCAAGAGCAUCGCAGGAUCAUCCUUUCAGGCCCGAGUGGCACAGGAAAAUCCUACCUGGCACACAGACUGGCUGAACAUCUGGCACUGCAAGAGGGCAAACUGCCUAGUGACAGCAACAUCGUCACCUUUAACGUCGACCAUAAAUCCAGCAAGGAGUUGCGUCAAUACCUGGCAAAUAUUGUGGAGCAGUGCAGUGCUGCUGGACAGGACACUGAAGCCCCUCUAGUGCUCAUUCUGGACAACCUGCACCACAUCAGCUCACUGGGAGAGAUCUUCAGUGGCCUCCUCAAUUGCAGAUACCAGCGCUGUCCGUAUAUAAUCGGCACAAUGAGUCAGGCGACAUCUUCUGCUCCAAACCUGCAGCUCCAUCAUAACUUCAGAUGGGUGCUGUGUGCGAAUCACAUGGAGCCGGUGAAAGGUUUUCUGGGACGAUAUCUCAGGCGGAAGCUGAUCGAGACGGAGAUCGGCAACCGAACCCGAAACCCGGAGCUGGUGAAGAUCAUCGACUGGAUCCCGCAAGUGUGGCAACACCUGAACCGCUUCCUGGAGGCCCACAGUUCCUCUGACGUCACCAUCGGUCCACGUCUGUUCCUAUCCUGUCCGAUGGAUGUGGAUGGUUCUCGUGUGUGGUUCACUGACCUGUGGAACUACUCCAUUAUUCCCUACAUGCUGGAGGCUGUGAGAGAAGGCCUACAGUUGUAUGGUCGCAGAGCAGCUUGGGAGGAUCCUGCACUGUGGGUUCUGGAAACGUUUCCAUGGGCAGCUUCUCAUCAGCAUCCUGAUUGGCCAGCUCUGCUGCAGCUCCGCCCAGAGGAUGUGGGUUUUGAUGGAUAUUCCGCCUCCAGAGAGGGUGUCAGCAAACAGAGCACUCAGAGCGACAGUGAUGCUGAUCCACUGAUGAACAUGCUCCUGCGUCUGAAAGAAGCGGCCAGCUGCUCGAGUCCUCAGAGCUACGACAGCGACUCUAACAGCAACAGUCACCAUGAUGACAUCCUGGACUCUUCACUGGAGUCCACACUCUGACCAGCCUGAUCCAAGAUGACACCCAAUUCCUUAACUCCUAUGCCAGCCGAGGCAUGACCACACACACAGCGGGUGCUGGUAACCCACUUAAAGAAUGACGCUUCAUAAAUAUAUAUAUAUAUAAAUAUAUAU